AUGGAGCCCUUCCUGGGCUGCACCGGCGCCGCGCUCCUGCUUUGCUUCAGCUACGCCGGUCUGCGGCCGGUGGAGGCAGACAGCCCGUCGGCUCCGGUCAAUGUCACAGUCAAACACCUGAAAGCCAACUCAGCCGUGGUGACUUGGGACGUUCUGGAGGACGAAGUUGUCAUCGGAUUUGCCAUUUCCCAGCAGAAGAAGGACGUGCGGAUGCUGCGCUUCAUCCAGGAGGUGAACACCACCACCCGCUCCUGUGCCCUCUGGGACCUAGAGGAGGACACUGAGUACAUUGUGCAUGUCCAGGCCAUCAGCAUCCAAGGCCAGAGCCCUGCCAGUGAGCCAGUCCUCUUCAAGACCCCCAGGGAAGCUGAGAAACUGGCUUCUAAAAAUAAAGAUGAGGUGACAAUGAAGGAGAUGGCGAAGAAAAACCAACAGCUGCGCGCAGGGGAAAUACUCAUCAUUGUGGUGGUGUUGUUUAUGUGGGCAGGGGUGAUCGCCCUGUUCUGCAGGCAGUACGACAUCAUCAAAGACAACGAGCCCAACAACAGCAAGGAGAAAGCCAAGAGCGCCUCGGAGAACAGCACCCCUGAGCACCAGGGCGGGGGGCUGCUCCGCAGCAAGUUCCCAAAAAACAAACCCUCAGUGAACAUCAUUGAGGCAUAACAGCUGCUGCUGAUGGACUCCACUUCUCACGCUCACAUUCUGCCUCUGAGCCUCAAGGACCGGGAGGUGAAAUAGCAUCAGAGCGAUUGGGAAGGGGACCCAGCAACUGUCACCUGAUGGCAAACAGCUCCUUCCUUAUCUCUGCAAACAUCUGACCGGAAGGAAGAACCCUGCAAAAACAAAACAACCCAAACCCAACCAA